AUGCAACAUCAUUCGGAAUCUGGUUACAUGCCAGAAGUGCCAUUUCAACCAUUAUGGGCCCAGGAGGCACCUCCUCCGCCUCCCAUAGUGCCAUAUCAGGAAUUAAUAACUGGAUUUCCCUGCACAGAUUUGGCUCUUUGGCAACGUUCCCAAGUUAGCAGUUUAGUAAAUCCCCGCUCUAAUAGCAGUAGUCGUACGAAUGGCACCUCAAAUGGAUCCUCCUCAACUAAUGGUAAUUCCAACAAGAAAACUCGACGUCGUACCGCAUCCAUGGCCCAACGACGGGCUGCCAAUAUACGAGAACGCCGUCGCAUGUUUAAUUUAAAUGAAGCUUUCGAUAAGUUAAGACGCAAGGUGCCUACGUUCGCUUACGAAAAACGUUUAUCCCGCAUUGAAACUUUGCGUUUAGCCAUUACCUACAUUGGUUUCAUGUCAGAACUACUUACCGGCACUCCUAUGAAUUCGAUAAAAACCCGUUCGAAUGAUAUUUAUGGUGGCAUGAAUGGUCAUCAUCAUCCCGGCGCAAUGCCUCAUCAUUUACAUCCGUCGGCAUUUCAAAGAGAUUUCGUUUCACCUUAUGGUCAUAGUUUGGCUUAAGGGAAAACGUCAAUCGUUGAGACAUUUCGUGGUUUUAUUUGUUGAUUAUUGUGUAAUUAUUUUCAUUUGUUUUUAAU